GUGAAUGAACGUGAUGCAAUUGACAGAAAACUAGGCUUGGGGAAACUCCUUCAAGGUGCCACAGCAACUGUUUGUUUCAAGGAAGAUGGAUAGCCUAGUGUUUUCAACUUCACGCCGUAGGUUUUACGAAUGAAGUUGCUUAAUUUCUGUUGGAGAAAUGGGGCAGUACUACUACUGUGGAUGUUGCACCUGUUUCUUGUCUGAAGAGGACAGGAGCGCCAUUGCCAUAAAUAAGGAAAUCAAACACAUCCUUGCAGAGCAGAGGAAAAGAGAACGGAGAGAAGUCAAGUUGCUUUUAUUAGGCACUGGAGAAAGCGGAAAGACAACGUUUAUGAAGCAGAUGAGGAUUAUUCAUGGAAAGGACUUCUCAGAAGACGAGAAGCACAGCUACACUAAACUGGUUUUCCAGAAUAUCUUCAAAGCAAUGAGUGCAAUAACAGAAGCCAUGAGCACACUAAAGAUUCCCUACUCCAACCCACAGAACGAGAUUUAUGCCCAGUGGUUCCAGGAUCAGGACAUACAUCAGAUAACUCAGCUGCAGAGAAGUUAUGUAGAGGCUAUUCGUCACCUAUGGGAAGAUCAAGGCGUUAAGAUCUGCUACAAACGGCGCAGAGAGUAUCAGCUACUGGACUCCACUAAGUACUUUAUUGGUAACUUGGACCGCAUUACAGCCGAAGGCUACAUCCCUACAAAUCAAGAUAUUCUUCAAGUCCGAUUCCCCACUACUGGCAUCACAGACCAUUGCUUUGCAUUGGAGAAGAUGACUCUCAGGAUUGUAGAUGUCGGUGGUCAGAGGGGACAGAGAAGAAAGUGGAUCCAUUGCUUUGAGAAUGUGAUGUCGCUCAUAUUUCUAGCCUCCCUCAGCGAGUAUGACCAACUUCUGGAGGAGAAUAACAAGGAUAACCGUAUGGAAGAGAGCUUGUCACUGUUCUACAUGACCAUCCACUCAAAUUGGUUUGCUAAUUCCUCCGUCAUCCUGUUCCUAAACAAAAUGGACAUCCUGGCUGAGAAGAUUCAGUUCUCAGAUCUAAAAACAUACUUUCCUGGAUUUAAAGGUAAACGUCGGGACGUUCAAGACGCCAUGUUGUUCAUCAGAAGUUUAUAUAAACACAAAGCAGUUUCCUACGAGACAAAGAACUCCAAAAACAUCUACUCUCACUUCACUUGUGCCACGGACACCAGAAACAUCCAAAAAGUCUUCACCGACGUGAAAGACGCUGUCCUCCUCGUAGCCUUAAAGGAGUUUGAAUUAUUAUGAGCCCCAAAUGCACCUUCAGUUUGCAUAAUCAUCAGCCAAAUGAAUGUUUUAUCAUUAUUUAUAACAGAGCAUUCUUGGACAAAAUGUGAUUAUGAGUCAAUUUCCUAUUGGCCUAUAUGUAUGCUUGGGCUGUUGGAGAAAAUAUAAAACAUUACACAAGUGUAAAGGAUAACAAUACAAUACACUUUAACUGUGUAAAAAAAAAAACAGUCAGCUUGAGGUAGCUACAAGUAUUAUGUGGUUAAAUGUCAAAAUAACUGCAAUAUCACAAUAUCUCUGUGAGUUGUGUGGGGUGGGGGUAAAUUAAGCACGAUCUGCUGUGACAUCACAAUCGUGUUGCGUUGUGGUCUAUGGAUCUGCUUGAAGAGUUGCUGCAUUCAUGCCAUGUCAUAAUUACCAUUUUUCUAGAUGCCCACACGUGACAUUCUUCAACUGGGAAUAAUGCGUUUCUUGGUCAAAAUUGAGGGUAUGUCCAAAUAAACUUCCCUUGCCUACUUGACGAACACUUCAAAAUGGCAUUAGGGAUCCCCCAAAGGGGAAGUGCUUAGGGAAGUUUGUAAGUGUAUGUUUGCAACCUUUUUUCCUGCCAGUGCGGCUAAAAUGUGUUCAAGGACACUGUUUUUGCUCUAUAUCACCAACAAAAAUGGUUCCAAUCAAAUCCACAGCAGAAGCGUCUUGCAUCAUCUCAUUAGUUAUUGAAUGAAUCCAUGAUAUAAUUCAUUCAAUUACCCAUUCACGAAGGAUGCGUCUAAUUCAGCUCCCUAGUUCAGCAGUCAGGGCACUGAUCAGGGAGUUGGCAAUUUUUUUUAAUCGUAAAAUCCUUCCAGUGAACUGAAACAUUCACUCCCUGAAAAGUACCACAAUGCACCAUGAAAAGGGAACAUAGUGAACAUCGAUGCUCCCUGGUUAACAGAAGUUCUGAAGUGCGAAACUUAAAUCAUGUGAGCCAACUCACUACACAAAAUGACCCCUGAUAGAUGUUUUUUUUAAAAAUACAAUUCAAACUGUACUUUAAAUAACAUUAAAAAAGAAUAUAAUAAAGAUAUCAGUUCUGCUGUUGUUCAUAAAUACCAGUAGGGAAGUUGUCAUGAUGCUGGAAAUAGGGUCAUCAGUGUCCCAAUGUGUACUGAGAGAGGGUCCUUACUGCCUGAAUUUGUGUACAUGAUAUACUGAUUAGUGACCUAGGAAACUCGUUUGAGACGCACCCAUGGUCAUCAGUCACUUGCUUGGUUCCUGAACGAAUCAGACCUUUUGAACAAAUCAAAUGAUUCCAUGGCACAUUCAUUAAGACAGUGACUUUCAUAAUUUAUUUAACAUAAUUUAUUUUUCACAUUCAUAUUUAUAUAUAUUUAAAAUGUUAAAUGUAAAACAUUGAUCUUAUAAGAUUAUUUAUGCAAUUAUAAUCAUGCAUCCAUGCCACCCCUGAUCUGCAUUAAAGUCUGUGUAAAUACAUCUAAUGCCACUUCAGAAGCAGCUUCUGUUCCAUCUCUGCAGUGCAAGCACGGAUUUUGUUGAUACUUAAUUCAUUUUAUUGGUAACAGCCCUAGUCUUAUUAUUCUAAUUAAAUUAGAUUGUUUAAGAAUUUGACAUAAAAGUUGACAGCUAUACCUUUAAUUAGUCCUAGUCCUGUUAGAACGCUGCUCAGCCAAUCAAAUUUAAGAUUUAAGUUUUAUAACACAGAUUGUAGCACCAGUGUGACACUGGACCAGUCAAACAUGUUAAAUUAAAUACAAUGUCAGGGAUUUCCAGGAACCCUACACAUACACAUUAUCACACUAUCCACUAUUCUUUAGGACAUAAAGGGCACAGUGUCUUUUUGUAACCAAAAAGCCACGACAUCUCAUGACCAUUUAAAUCUAUAAUACGAAAAUAGAGGAUGCAUACAUUUUCCACUGAAAAUAGGUCAUUGAACAAAAGCAAUAAAAAUUCAUACAUAUUCUUGUAAAUCGAAGCACGUGUUUUGAUUUUAUGUCAUUUAAAGCAGUUCGACAAAUCAAACCCAUUUUGAAUUGUUUUAGUAUCAAAGCUAAAUCAAUCUUUAUUGCAAUGCAUUUAGAGUGAACAGCAAUUCCGCAACUACAGCUUUCACAACAGAUGGUGCAAAUAUACUUCACAAAUAAGGUACACUCCAAAACAUAUCCUGGAAGUGAAAUGAACUUUUAUGUUAUGUUAUGUUAUGUUAUGUUAUGUUAUGUUAUAUCAGCCUAUAUUAAGAUGAAACCGGAAGUAAUAAAAUGUUGACCUUUGCAGGGCACAAAACAGCCAAGUUUA